AUGCUAAAGAAAACUGUUGUUUCGAAAUAUACCGCUAGCUAUACCAUUAAAAGACUCUUGUCCAACAAUGCAAGUAAAAAAAUUAUAAUAGAUCCCAGUACAGUAGAAUUCACUAAACGUAAUGAUUCUAUUUUAAAAAAUUUAAAUCUGUUCUAUCCAUCAAUGACUGAUAUCAACAAUAACACUAAUAAUAGUAAUAUUGGUAUAAAGGCAAAAAGUAUCAAUCAAUUCCAAUUGGAUUAUUCAAAUAUUAAUGAGGAUUCUACUAACGAUAUAGUAUCAAUUAAUGGGAGAAUCAAAAAUAUAAGAUAUUCUGGUAAAAAAAUUUGCUUUAUAGAUUUGUAUGACAGUAAUAGAAACGAUCAAGUUUUGCAAUUAAUUAUAAACUUCAAUAUAAUCUCAAAAUUUAAUCAAAAUAAUCUAACAAAUGAAAUUUUCACUAAAAAUAUCAACCUGUACAAAGUAGGUGACUACAUUCAUUCAAUUGGUUAUCCUGGUUUGUCUCAAUCACAUCAAAAAAAUUUAUCUUUAAAAUGUAAUCAAUUACCAAAAUUUUUAUCAACUGCUCAAUUACCAUUACCUCCAAAAUUAGCAGAUCAUAAUAAAAUUAAAAAUAAUAGAGUAGUAGAUUAUCAAGUUAAUGGUGUUUCAAGCUUAAUACUGAGAAGUUUCAUUAUUAAACAAAUAAGAUCAUUCUUGGAUAUCCAAAACUUUAUUGAAGUUGAGACUCCAAUAUUAUCCAACAAAUCAAAUGGUGCUCAUGCGACACCAUUUGAAACAAAAUUAUCAUCAAUGAAGCAUGAUCCAUUACAAUCUAAUCUAUUUCUAAGAAUAUCUCCAGAGCUGUGGCUGAAAAGAUUAAUCGUCAGUGGUUUAGACAGAGUCUAUGAAAUUGGUAAAGUCUUUAGAAAUGAAGGUAUUGACCAAACGCAUAAUCCAGAAUUUACAACUCUGGAAUUCUAUCAAUCUUAUGCAAGUCUAGAGGACCUAAUUAAUCAAUCUCAAGAUUUAUUCAAAUUCAUUUUGUUAAACUUGAAUGAUUCUAAACUAAUUCAUGGAGAUGCAAAGGAAGUUACUUCAAAACUAAUUAAUGAACUUUCAAACAAUAACUGGAAAUUCAACCGUGUUGAUUUCUUGCCAACUCUCACAAAGGAAAUUAAUAACGGAAUCGAUUACACAAAAUUUGAUUUAAACGAUUCAAUUUCUUUAUUAAAUUCAAUACCAUCAGACGCCAGAAAUAAAAUAUUGCCUGCUUCUUCAGAAGAAGGGUUCAAAAUAUCUUCACAACAAAUUUUGGACAAACUCUCAUCUUACUAUAUCGAAUCGAGAUAUUGUAACUCUUUGUUACCCACUUUAAUAUACCAUCAUCCCACUGUAAUGUCACCAUUGGCAAAAUCUAAUCCAGCAAAUCCGAUUAUUUCAAAAAGAUUCGAACUAUAUAUAAAUGGGAAAGAGUAUAUUAACGCAUACGAAGAAGAGAACUGUCCUCAAGAACAAGAGCAAAAGUUCUUAAACCAAAAGUUCGUUAAUGAAAACUUCAAUGAUACAGAAGCGUUAUCGAUAGAUAGUCAGUAUAUAGAGGCAAUGAAAUGGGGGAUGCCCCCAAUUGGUGGCCUGGGUUUGGGAAUCGAUAGACUAUGUAUGUUACUUUUGAAUAAGCAACGUAUUGAUGAAGUCCUCUCAUUUGGUUGUAUUGACGCUGUAAAUAGACAAUAG